GUUACAUUCAUAUCUCAAAUGCACUUUGGAGUUGACUGUCUUGCAGGCACAGCACUCACUCGGGUUCUUUCCUUCUUUCCAAACUCUUUGAGUGGUAGGCUACACAGCGGGGAUGGCAGAGACCAGCAGGAUCUUAAUCAAAGGAGGUAAAGUUGUGAAUGAAGACUGGUCCGUGAUUAGCGACGUCUACAUUGAAAAUGGGAAAAUAAUAGAAGUUGGACGGAAUCUUCAGAUCCCAGCGGGAGUGCGAAUCAUUGAUGCCACCGAUAAACUGGUGAUUCCAGGCGGCAUCGACACGCACACACACAUGGAGUUGGCGUUCAUGGGCACCAAGGCUGUGGACGACUUUCAUAUCGGCACCAAGGCUGCUGUAGCUGGAGGGACCACAAUGAUCCUGGACUUUGUCAUCCCCCAAAGGGGCAAGUCUCUCCUGGAGGCCUAUGACUGCUGGCGUCAAACAGCUGACCCCAAAGUUUGCUGCGAUUACUCUCUACACGUUGCUGUCACGUGGUGGAGUGAUAAGGUCAAAAAAGAGAUGCAGACACUGACUGAAGAGAAGGGAGUAAAUUCCUUCAAAAUGUUUAUGGCCUACAAAGAUGUGUUCAUGCUACAGGACUCUGAACUAUAUGCUGCCUUCUCCCAGUGUAAAGAUAUUGGAGCAAUAGCUCAGGUGCAUGCUGAGAAUGGAGACCUAAUUGCAGAGGGGGCUAAGAAGAUGCUGUCUAUGGGGAUCACAGGGCCCGAAGGCCAUGAGCUGUGUCGUCCAGAGGAGGUGGAGGCAGAGGCCACCCAGAGAGCCAUCACUAUCGCCCAUGCUGUCAACUGCCCGUUGUAUGUUGUCCAUGUCAUGAGCAAAUCUGCUGCAAAGGUGGUGUCUAAUGCACGCAGAGAUGGGCGUGUGGUGUUUGGGGAGCCCAUUGCAGCUGGCUUAGGUACUGACGGAACUCACUACUGGAACAAAGAGUGGGCCCAUGCUGCUAGCUUUGUGAUGGGUCCUCCCCUCAGACCUGACCCCAGCACCCCAGGGUACCUCAUGGACUUACUGGCCAAUGACGAUCUCAGUGUGACGGGGACAGACAACUGCACCUUCUCCUUGUGCCAGAAGGCUCUUGGCAAAGACGACUUUACUAAGAUCCCUAAUGGAGUGAAUGGAGUGGAGGACAGGAUGUCUGUUAUCUGGGAGAAAGGAGUUCACAGUGGCAAAAUGGAUGAGAAUCGAUUUGUAGCUGUCACAAGCAGCAACGCAGCAAAAAUCUUCAACUUCUACCCACAGAAAGGACGUAUCGCCAAGAAUUCAGAUGCCGAUGUUGUUAUAUGGGACCCAAAAAUGACCAGGAAGAUAUCAGCCAAGACUCACCACCAGGCUGUGGACUACAACAUCUUUGAGGGGAUGGAGUGCCACGGGGUCCCUGUCAUCACCAUCUCCAGAGGAAAAGUGGUCUAUGAAAAUGGGCAGUUAAAGGUGUCACCGGGGAGUGGCAGAUUCAUCCACAGAAAACCCUUUGCUGAAUUUGUAUACAAAAGAAUCAGGCAAAGAGAGCAGGUCGGGAAACCUACAGCUGUGACCAGAAAACCCUAUGAAGGCAAAGUCAUUUCUAUUUGAAUGACUGACAAAGAAUAUGGAUACUUUCAAUCACAAAAAAAUAAAGAAUGCAAAAAAAAAAAUAUAUUCUCCGUUUACAGUUUGGGUGUCUACAAUUCUACCAGCACAUUUGACAUAUAUUAUAUGUUACAUGUUUGCAUGAAAGGUUGUAGUUGUCAUCUUUAGGUUAACGCAAAACAUUGGAUAUCUCUCUUUUUAUAACUGUUUGAGAUCAAUAGAUCAGUUCUUCUCAGCACUCAGGUGAGUAGAACCCACUGGGGAAGCUGUUCUGGAGUUAUUGCUCUUAUAUUGCAAUCCAAUAAAUCACAGUAAAGAAUAAAAAAUGAUUCAUGUAUGAUUUCAUUGUUAAACAUUUUAUGUUAUUAGAAAGUUGAUCCAAUUACACUUUUUAAUCUGCACAUUAUUGUGUUUAUUUUAUCAUAACAUAAUUAAGAAGUCAGUUGAAGAUUUCUCGUUACUGGAUGUUUUUCUUUCAUUCUUUUUUUCUCGAUGUUUGUUGCUAUUGGUAACAGGAUUGGUAUUUCUCACCCAAAAGCAUUUUUCCCUUUGAUGAAAUAUUUAAUUAAAAUGCACUGACAUGCGUA